AUGGCGGACUAUGACAGACGCCAGUCUGGCGGGCAAAACAACCGCAAGAGGCGAUAUAGAGCUCUCAACGCAGAUGACGAUGAUCACUAUGACCGCCGUCAGCAGCGCCGACGCGUGGACUCGGCGCCUGUGGGGGUCCGCCUUCGACGUCAACUGCUGAGCCUUGCCGAUUCCCCGUUGCGCCGAUGGUCCGAGGAGGUCACGUCCAUUGCGCGAAUGGUCACGGACAACUACGACGACGAGAACCUGCGCAACAACUUUGUCGACCUUGUGAUGCAGCUGGCCGUGGAGCAACCCCUCAAAACACCAUUUGUCGGCGCCGUCGUGGUGGUGGCCAAUGCGUUCAAAGCGGAACUGGUGGAUGUGGUGCUUGCCCGUCUGGCAACUGGGCUGGAGGAGAAUAUCGCAAAGGGCCAGUGGAGAGAGGUGAAGCUUCUGCUGAAGCUGCUGGCGUGCCUGCAAGGGUGCUUGGAAGGGAGUGGCAUCUUUCCGUUGUUGGAGGAGUUGUUUAUGAGGGCUGCGGAUUUGCAGACUGCAAGCUCGGAUGAUGUUAUCGGAACAGAAAUCGUCAAGAUUAUUCUUCUUACCAUUCCCUAUGCGAUGGCUGCUGCGCCAGGUCAUUUCAUCCAACAGGCCGCGGACAUUAUGGAAAAGACGGACGUCAUUGCUUCCGAACCACACGCUCUCCAAGCCCUCGUCGAUCCGUUCCAUCCCGAAGGAAAUGACGAAAGCCCCGCUGCAUCAAUGAACUUGUGUAUGUUGCUCCAGAAACAGCUGCAGGCCGAGGCGUCGAAGAACUGGGCGCUUGCUUGCAUCCCUCGACCCUGGGAAAUGCCGCUAGAGGAGGUCGAGGUUCAAGAGAAGCUUGCGAAUGCGGCCAAGCAUGCACUCCCCGCGAUUGCCGUUCCUCCCACGGCCAUCGCCGGGCCUCGUCUGCUGUUCCCGGAGAUUUACUUCUCUGUGUACGGUGGCCAAGAAGUCGAAUCGGUCCCGCCCCCGAGCAACAUUGCCGCAUCUCUUAUCCGUGAUUCACUCGCCGACACCAUCAACGUUUUACACUUCAACAGAAAUGCUACUGCUCGAUUCUUGAUGGAUCUUGAUUGCUACUUCGCCGACGGGACGUUUGUCAAGCGGGCUACUCCAUUCGACGAGCUGCGCAACCAGCCCGAUCAUCGUUCAACAUGGAAGCCCGAAGAUGUUGCAGUGGAUGCCGUCUUUUCACAGCUUUUCCAGCUUCCCAAGUCUGAACACAAGGUCGUAUACUAUCACGCCGUCCUGACUGAAGCCUGCAAACUGGCGCCAGCAGCUAUUGCCCCCAGUCUUGGAAGAGCCAUACGGUUCCUGUACCGCAACACGCCACGAACAGACCUUGAACUCAGCUACCGUUUCUUGGAUUGGUUCUCACAUCAUCUCAGCAACUUUGGGUUCACUUGGAAGUGGGCUGAGUGGUCCGAAGAUACUGUCUUACCUGACCUCCACCCGUGCAAAUGGUUCCUGCUCGGCGCCUUGGACAAGGAGAUUCGGCUAAGUUUUGCACAAAGAAUUCAAAAGACGCUUCCAAAACCAUACCACGCCCUUAUUGGACCUGACAAGGAGAAAGACGUGCCUGAUUUCAAAUAUACAAAUCCUGAUACCCCCUUUGCCAAGGAAGGCCAAGAAAUCAGCGCCCUCCUACGACGCAAAGCACCAGAUGAGGAAAUGCAGCCUCUCAUCGACAGCAUCCAAGCCCAAGCCAAGGAGCAAGCCCUCGACCCCGUCGUCGCCAGCACAGAUGUCUUCAUGACAGCCGUGUGCUGGGUUGGAUCCAAAUCACUGAGCCACGUGCUCGCAUGCAUCGACCGCACAAAGGGCCGCCUCAUCGACGUCGGCACCGCGCACCCGGCCGCCCGCUCCCAAAUCAUCUCGUCCAUCAUGAACUACUGGGCCGCCCACCCGGGCGUCGCCAUCACCAUCAUCGAAAAGCUCCUCAACUACUCCAUCCUGACGCCCCUUUCCAUCGUGGACUGGACCCUCGUCGCCAGCAGCCCCUCCAACGGCACGCAGGGCGGCGAGGCCCUCGGCCGCUCUCACAUCUUUGAGCUCGUGGCCAACACGGUCGCCAAGGUGAGCGGGCGCGUCCGCCAGCUCCUCACGUCUCCCGACGCAGACGCCGACACCCGCGACAAGGAGGUCUCCUCGAUGCGCGACCUGUUCGCCGCCAUCAACGACGCCCUAGCCAGCUGGGCCUCGGGCAGCAAAGACCAACUCAUGGAGGACGGGGACGGGUCCUCGGAGCGGGAGGCCAUGAUCCGGAGGUGGGGGCAGCGCUGGCUCCGUGUUUUCCAGCGCCUAGCCGCCAUAGAGGAGACGUUUGUUGCCGAGGCCAAGAACGGCCGGUGGACAAGCACGGCCGACGCCGCAAGUGAGGCGGCGGCGCAGCCGGGCGGCGCCCAGGAGUGA